AUGUCUUCGCCUGCUGCUGCUGCUGUACUCGCAAGUACAGCGACCUCGGCUGCUGCCCUUGGCUUUGUUCCUGUCGCGGUUCGUUUUCAACUGUUCGAUCUCUUGGCAGAUCUUGACAAGCCCGUGAGCGGACAAAAUGUCUUGACGGCCCUCCAAGAUCGGUCCGAUGGGAAAAAAGGACAGGAUGUACCAUGCAUGUACCUUACAAAGCUUGUCGAAUUGACGUUAACUUCUUGCGGCUUAGAGGACACGCUGUAUGCCAUGUCCGGUUUGGGCUUUGUUGAUUUUGCCGGAGAGAAUCUGUACCGUGCCAAUGCCAUAACCAAGCAUCUGGCUGUCACUCCUUCAGCUCAACAUGGAGCUGUGCACUUUACAACGGAAGCCCUUCUUGGCGGUGCAUUUUUGAUGCGCAAACUCGAAACAGAGAACUUUCAGUAUCCAUUUAAAGAGCGGGAGACACCGUUUCAGUUUGCCUACAAAUCAAUGGGCCAAGACGAACUUGCAAAGGAACAUACUUAUUCUAUUAUGGCUGCAGAAAGCCGCAUGGACAGUUUUAAUCAUUUCAUGGUGGGCAAGUUCAUGAAGACAAAUACCGCCCCAGACCGCAUCCGAGCCUUAGGGUACGAUCUAGAAUCAGUUCUUAACGAUGCACAAGCGACCACUCCGCUGACUAUGGUGGACAUCGGCGGAGGUCGCGGGGAGAUGCUGCUCGAUUUCAAGGCAGCAUUUCCCCAGCUUCAGACUUCGGACCUGAUCGUCCAAGAGCUCAAUCAUGAUAUCACCGAUAUCCCUGGAAUCACCCUGGCCACGUGGAAUUACAAGGACGAAAGUCCCCAACCGAUCAAGGGGGCGCUGAUUUACCAUUUGGCUCAUAUUCUUCACAACCUCCCCGACCUCGAAGCCGUGCGCCUGUUGAAGAAGAUAUCGGAGGCUAUGGCUCCUCACUCGCGAUUACUGAUUCAUGAAUUUGCGAAGAAUGUCAAUUACGCCAAGAUGCACGCCACUAUGAUUGCCUUGUAUGGCGGUCGGGAGAGAAGCUCGAUCGAGUGGCAUCAAAUGGCCGACUUGGCUGGGCUUCGAGUGACAUUCGAAGCUUAUCCGCCGUUUGGAGAGGGCUUAAUUGAAAUGAGGAUGGCGGAUAGUUCUGUUUAG